CCAAGGCUAAGGAGCAACCGAGCCCCGGGCGCGGCAGGGGAAGCGGGGCGCGAGCCGCCUGCCGAUGGGAUGACGGAGUUGUCGGGCCGCGGCUCUUUGCAGAGCUCGGGCCGGCCGUGCGCCGUCUGCGCGUGCGUGUCUGCCUGCAGCUGGACAGGCCUGGGCGCCUGGCGGCGUCCUAUGGCAAGGUGGCCAACAAUCCAAGGGGCCGAGCGAGGAGCGCCGGCGGCGCGCCCGGGCCGCUCGCUCCCUCGCUGACUAGCCCGGGGCGCCCCGGCGUGCCGAGCUUGAAUUCCGGGGGGGCGGCCAGGGUUGUGGGCCCGUCGGUGUUGGCCCGCGGUGGUUUCUUGUGGGCCAAGGGGGCGCCGGCGAACGAAGGCCCUGACAUUCAUCGGAGGGUGGGAGUGGCCGGCGAGAACGAAGCUUGCCCGCCCCCCAUGCAGUAUGCGCGGCACCGCCAACACCUAGCUUUUGGCAUUGUUGCUGCGCGGCCCAGCCAGCCACUGCCCCUCUUCGGCCGUAUCCGUGUGGGAAGCACUGGGCGAGAUUGGUUUGAGAUUGAGUACCCAGCGACCCAGCCCGGCGCCCAUGCGGUGAAUUGAGGCGGAUCAGCUUGGGCACUGCUAAAACAGGGCCGGUUUGACGAUGGUCCUGCCGCAUUGCCGUCUAGGCACUUUAUGCAGCCUUGCAACUGCUGUUCCAUG